AUGCCUUCAGUACCCGAAAGCGUAUGUUGUCAUGAAAUAGGGCAAAUAUGGCAAAAAAUUGAAGAGCAAACGGAGGUCCAAAUGUCCUGUAUAACAGAACAUCCAGGAUUUCAGUCUACUUGCAUGGAUGUGUGGGUCCUUGAAACGGCGUAUUAUGCAUAUAGGCAACAACAUGGCACAGACAGUCAGAGAGGGCACGAGUAUGUUUACUAGUUCUGAAAUUUUCACUAUGUACAUAAAAAAAAUUAUGAACAGUUUAUCUAUGACUGCAUGUUCGUAGUUUUAUAUUUAUUCCAACAUUUUUCCACUCGUUCGUGUCUAGAAAAUUUCGCUACAUCGCUUAUCGCCAACUUGUGCGAUGUUGUUGGGGUUUAUCUUUGCAGAAAAGUAAGAGUGGCGCUCCCUUCCUGCGCAGUAAACAAAAUACGCCAAAGAUUUCCUGCGGAUUUUGGCACCUCCUACGCUGGUUUAAAGCCACCAAACCUGCAAUAAUUAACCUAUAUUUUAACGAAUAA